CUUUUACCCGACACUAGUCGGUUAGUACCCGGCGUGGCCAACCUUGACGAACCACGAAACGUCACGCUUAUUACCAAACCAGUUCCAACGCUUUCUCCAACGCUUCAUCGCUUAGUCAAUAAUUCGCUUUCGAUAACGGCGUACGACCACCAGAGCCAUGAUCGACAACGCCGAGUACGACUUGGCCCUCAUCGCCGAAGUGGAACGCAGUCCGGAACUGUACGACAGCAGCCACAUGGAUUUCAGAUGCAGCGAUAUCAAGAUGGACAAGUGGAAAGAAAUUGCACAUCGGUUGAGACAGAACUCGGACGGACAUUCAGUUAAGAUGGUCAGGAGCCGUUGGAAGAGCCUGAGGGACACCUUGGUCAAGGAAACGCGUCAUAAAAACACCUUACAUCAACCGGAUUCAAAACCAAAACGAAAUUGGCGUUACUACAACGCUAUGGCUUUCCUCCUGCCUUACCUAGGGGAACCCAAUCCUGCAAAAGGAAACAGAUACAGGAAACGGAUUUCUAACAACGAACUUGUUGAGCCUGUAGAGAAGUACCUUAUAACUACAGAAGAUCUCAAGCAGAUUGUAGAUGAUCCUGUCGAAACCGCAAUGGACAAUAAUCAGCAAGACGAAAUAGAUUCUUUCUUCAAAGGCAUCGCUGAUACAGUUAAGAAACUAACUCCCGAAAAUCAAGUGAAGGUUCAGAGAGAGAUCGUGAACAUGGUGCUAGAUAUUAAACUCUGGGAAAUUAAUGAGACCAAAGAUCCUUCCGACAACCCUUUGGAAUAAUGCGCUGAUACUCAAGUUGAUAUUACCAAUGUGAACAUUCCUAAAAUAUUUUUGACGAAUAUAUUGUAUAAUAAAUUGUUGCUCAAAUUCA